CCUCGCGCUCUGGUCCACACACAACCGCUCUCUGUCGGCGGGAUGGACGUGUUCUCCGGGGCCCCUGGAUCCACCCUCAGCACAGCGCUGCAGCGGGGCAAGCCAGGCCUGACAUGACAGCACCGGGACGGGAGAAGAAGUCCCCCCCGCCGCCACGGCUAACCGUCCGCCCCGAGGUGGUGUUGGCUGUGGGUCGAUACGCCCUGCUCGCCGCCGUGUGCGCGGUCUGCUACAGCAGCUCUCUCCACGGAGAGUUGGUGCACGACGAUGUGUGGGCUAUCAUCAACAACCCGGACGUCCGACCCGGCUCCAGCCUCAAGAACGUCUUCAGCAACGACUUCUGGGGCAAGAGGAUGGCGGACAACACGAGCCACAAGUCCUACAGACCGCUGUGCAUCCUCACCUUCAGGUUGAACAUCCUGCUGGGCGGCAUGACGCCUCUCUACUUCCACAUCAUCAACGUGUGUUUGCACUGCGCUGUAACCUGCCUGCUCAUGCACACGUGUGAGCGCUGCGUGUUUGAAGACUCACGCCUGGCCUUUGUCACAGCACUUCUGUUUGCUGUGCACCCCAUCCACACCGAAGCUGUGUCUGGUAUCGUCGGCAGGGCUGAUGUCUUAGCAUGUCUCCUGUUCUUGCUGACGUUCCUCUCCUACAUCAGGAGUGUCGGUGUUUGUGUGUGUGAGGGCUCACUGCCCCCCACGGUGUCGGCAUGGUUUCUGCUGGCCAGUUUGUUCCUGGGCACCGGGGCCAUGCUGGUGAAGGAGACGGGCAUCACGGUGUUCGCCGUGUGCGUGCUCUACGACGCCCUGGUGCUGUGCCGCAGACCCUUCCUCCAUCAGCUGUCGGGCUCCAGAAUCAGGGACCUCCGCUAUGUCUGCAGCCCCUUCAUCAAACGAGCCUGCCUCAUCUCUGGCUUUGUGCUCAUCAUCAUGUCCGUCAGGCUGUGGCUGAUGGGAGGAUCCAUGCCUCUGUUCUCUGAGCAGGACAACCCCGCCUCCUUCUCCCCACACCUGCUUACCAGGAUGUUGACCUAUUCGUACCUGCUGUCUUUCAAUGCCUGGCUGCUGCUGGCCCCCGUCGUGCUGUGUUAUGAUUGGCUGGGCAGCAUCCCCCUGGUGGAGUCGCUGGGGACCAUCCGCAAUGUGUCCACGGUGCUGCUGGCCGUGGUGAUGGUCGCCCUCUGCCUCAGCUGCUUGUUCUCACUGCAGGGCCAGGGGAGCAGGGAGAUGUUGGUUGGAAUGUUAUUCCUGAUGUUUCCCUUCAUUCCUGCCAGUAACCUUUUCUUCAGGGUUGGAUUUGUCGUGGCAGAGAGGGUCCUCUACAUGCCAAG